AUAAGCUGGAAAUUGCGAUCAGAUAUUCCUGACAGUUUAUUGUCGACUGAAAGUAUGAAUCGUGAUGAUCGUUCUUUUAUUCAGUUAGCUAGUAAAGAUGAUGAGAAUUACUUUUGUUCGAUACCUUUUCCGCAAAUAAAGAAUCAGAUGUAUCGUGGACCAUCGCCAAAUGAGUUACUUCAGUCUCUGUAUACAGAAUUUGUUUGUUCUUAUUGGUUAGAUUUGUAUUGGACAUACGAAUUAUGUCAUGGUCGUUACAUUCUGCAAUACCAUAAUGAUGGAAAAGAGAUAGUGAAGAGUCCUAGAAGUGAAUUUUAUCUUGGAUAUUUUCGACGUGAGGCUUCGAAAUUGGAUGAUAAAUUGUUUGAUCAUUUCAACCCUCCGAUACGAAAGAUUGAUAAUAAAGAAGGCGGCUAUUAUCCUGUAACAUAUCGGCAAGGUACAGUUUGCGAUCUAACAGGAAAACCGCGAGAAACGGUUGUUAUAUAUGUUUGUAAAGAAAAUGCUAAAGAUCAGAUAUAUUCAAUUGCUGAAAUUUCUUCGUGUUCUUAUGAAAUAAUAGUUCUCACAAAACGACUUUGUUUGCAUCCUUCAUUUCAACCUAAAGCACCAACGAAUAAUGAAGUUGUAUGUUAUGCGACAGAUUCCGAGCAGAAAGAAGCUACACCAACAUCAUUAUUGGCUCUAGAAUUUGAAUUAGCUAAUGUUAAGGAGAAGGAAUAUAGCUUAAUGCACUUGCAAAAAGAUUUCGAUCCGUCAUCUUCUGAAAUGAAGGAUUAUGGCAGCGAGGACAUUGAACACGAAUCAUCAAUUCAAAAAAUUUUGCUGAAACCCACCAGUACGGAUGGUGUUAUAGAAAAAAUUUCUCAUGAAAGUAGAAAUUCUGUCUCGAUUUUCGAUGAAGUAUUCAUUAAGUACUUCUUAAGUGGAAAGCAUUGUUUAUAUGGUGGUGGGACUGGUUGGUGGAAAUAUGAAUUUUGCUAUGGAAAAAGUGUGAUUCAAUUCCAUGAGGAUAUCAAUGGACGCACUGAAAUCGUUUUGGGAGUAUUCAAUGAAAUUAUACAUAAACAGUGGAUUAAAGAGGUUAAUUCUGGGAAACAUAUUCUAAAGUUGGAUGGAAAAAUUCUGCAAGUUAUUCAUUUUUAUGCUGGAGGCGACAUAUGUGAAGAUGUGAACAUCGCACGGAGUGUGGAAGUACGAAUUCGUUGUCGUGAAUCAUUUGGCAGUCAAACUGCUGUGACAUUAUACCUUUUGGAGCCACAUACAUGUAAUUAUGUUCUAAGCGUGGAAUCUCCAAGAUUUUGUGCAUUACUUCAAGAAGCUGACGAAUAUGGCCUUAUAAAAUUUCCUGAAGAGAGAAAUAAAACAUAA